AAAGUAAAAGUAUAAGAAACCAUUUACCUUUGUUCGUUGAUAAGACAAGUAAACUUUACUUCUUGGGCUGAAAAACCAAACUCAUUCGAGCGUAAAAUCAUUUAACAAGGAACUACAACUUUCGGGAAAUCGAAACCCACACAAAAGACUCAAGCUAAGAACUUGGUUUGGGGCCAUGGGAUAAACUAAAUCAACACGGUGACGAAAUCGCUAAAACAUGAUUCAGCUACGCCUGCGCAGUCUCGUUUUGCUGCACUUGGUAGCUCUGGCAAGUUCGGAAUAUGUCUAUGGCGAACCCGAAUACAAGUGCCCCAAGAAAUCCAAGGCAUUGUACCCCUGCGAGUGUGUAAAAGGCAGCGAUAAUGGCCUCUACAUCCGCUGCGAAAAUACCAACUUGGCUACUUUAUCCGUAGCUCUCCAGAAUUUGGCUUCUUUUGAUAUGCCCAUUGAGGAGUUGACCAUCUACAGAGGACAUUUCGUUCGUCUAUAUGGGCCGCUUUUUGCUCAUAUCAAAGCGCGAGUGCUGAUCAUAGAAGAAACACCAUUGGCCACCAUUGAGGAUUAUGUUUUUUAUGGAGUAAAUAAUACAUUGGAGCAACUACAUCUACGCCGCACAAAUCUAAGCCAUGUGGGAAUACUAGGAUUCGGCAUUCUAGGAAAAGCUAAGGAACUAGUAAUCGACGGCCAUGCGUUCCAACAGCUACCCAAGGAUCUAUUUGCUGGCCAAGAGAUCGCCAAUAGUCUGGGAAUCAUACGUAUGAUCAAUGGUAACCUCAGUGACCUGCCUAUAGAGACCUUCCAGCCAUUGCGGAAACUGAAGACGCUCGACUUGCACGGAAAUCAGUUGGAGAAUCUGAAACGCAACCAGUUCAAGAAUCUGAGAGAGUUAGAGGUCCUGGAUAUAAGUCACAACAUGAUCAAAAAGCUGGAGGCACAGCACAUAGCUGAUCUGACAAAGCUGGGAUGGUGCAACGUUUCUCAUAAUGCGCUAAACGAACUUAGCCGUGGAACUUUUGCCAGAAACUCUGUGCUGAAGGUACUCCAUUUGUCCCACAACCAGAUUGCACGUCUGGAUGCAAAUAGUUUCAGGGGAAUGCGUUUCCUCCGGCGACUUUUCCUAAGUGAUAAUGUGCUCACGGAUAUUGGUCGUGGUACUUUCGGCUCAAUUGCGCGCAUUGGAACUAUAGAUCUAGCACGCAACCGUCUUCAGAAGGUCGAGUUCCAGAUGUUUACCCAGAUGAACUAUGUGGAGUUGCUCGAUUUAGCCGAGAAUAACAUAACCAAGAUUGAAAAGAACUCUUUCAAGGAUAUUUACCAGGCCAUCAUAAACGUAUCCCAUAACGCUCUUGAGCUAAUUGAAACAGCCGCAUUUGAAAAUUGUGUAAACAUUACGGUUCUUGACCUGUCUCAUAAUCGGUUGACCAACUUUUCACGUCGGAGCUUCGAUGAGACCACUUUCGCCACCUAUUUUCAGCUGAGCUUUAACAAUCUUACCAACUUAGCACAGAUUCCCAUUCAAAAUAUGACAGGCUUGAAAGUUUUGAAUGCCUCGUACAACAGCAUAACCGACAUACCCAAAAACUGUUUUCCAAAGCUCUACGAACUGCACACCAUCGAUGUCUCGCACAAUAACAUCUCCAGCAUAUUUAAUGGAGUUUUUCAAACCCUGUUCUCGCUACGCCUAAUUGAUCUCAGCUAUAAUAGCAUGAGGGAAAUCAAGUCCUCGACGUUUGGCACUUUGCCAACCCUCUUGGAGAUGGAUUUGAGUCAUAACGAAAUGGAAUCCGUUGUGCGGGGAUCGCUGGCCAAGUUGACCAGUUUGCGAAAGCUGUAUUUGAAUAACAAUCAGUUGGAAAAACUGUUCCAGUUGCCAAUUUCCCUAAAUGAGCUCUACUUCAGCCAUAACAGACUCGCUAAGAUACCAGCGGGCACCUGGCCAGUGAUGAACUCACUGAUCUACUUGGACCUGAGCCACAAUCAGCUAGGAGACAGUCUAAACGGGGAAAGUUUUAUUGGUCUAUUGGUGGUGCAACGACUGAAGCUGCAAAACAAUGGCAUCAGUCAGCCACCAAUGGAGGCGGUAUCUGUCAUGUCAACACUGCAGUACUUAUAUUUGGAGAACAACAAUAUUACGACCUUAGAGCGAAGUGCCUUUGGUAAGCUGCCCGUCUUAUUUGAGUUAAAUCUGUAUGGUAAUCAAGUUAAUGAUAUAAGCAAGCGAGCUUUCGAGGGCCUGCUGCAACUGCUCACUUUAAAUCUUUCAUCCAACGGAAUCCAGACUCUGCAGAAUGACAUCUUUAUUGGCUUACCAUCGCUGCGAAACCUUGAUUUGUCAUUCAAUUUCCUCACCAAAUUGGACAACAAAACCAAUGGUGUUCUGGAUGAUUUGCUCAGCUUGGAAACCUUAGAUUUAAGUCACAAUCGCAUAAGUUUUGUGACCAAGAAAACCUUUCCCUCGCAUCAGUACAUUCCGUACAACCUUAAAAACCUGAACCUGAGCUACAAUGUAAUGCCCAUACUGACGUAUGAUAUUACCUUUGGCACCAAAAAGCUCGUUACGUUGGAUGUAUCCUACAAUCAGAUCAACGAUCUAAGGAAAGGAGUUAUCUCUAAUUUCACUUCACUUCAAAGCUUGGACAUGUCUCACAACGAGCUAUCUAAUCUGAAGUCUGAAGAGCACAUCUUUGACUUGCCUAAAAACCUCAGCCACUUGGACCUUUCCCAUAAUAGAAUCUACCACUUGCCCUUCGCCAAUUUAGUAAAAGUGAAGUCCCUCAAAUACGUUGAUCUUUCCAACAAUAGUCUGGAAGAUGUGCCAGCUUCGAUGGUGGGUAGCAUGCGGAAUGGUAGCCAAGUGCUUCUGGCUGGCAAUCCUCUGCAUUGCGGUUGCAAUGCACGACCUCUGAAGUACUUUAUGCUGCAGCAAACGAUAGCUGGUGAGGAUUUGCAGAGCAUUUACUGCGAAACGCCGGCUAUGAUCAAGGACAAGCAACUCAUAUCUUUGGACGAUGAGUAUCUGCACUGCGCCGAGGAUGAGCAAGAGAUGUAUAAGGGCAUUGACUAUGAACAACUUACAGAUGUCCGAUUCCGAGAAGUGAAAACGAACAAAGCUGGCAUGUUGACGCUAAGCUGGUAUGUUUCCGGCUUUUCAGACGUCUCAGACUUCCACGUUUACAUCCGGAGCAGUAGCAACGAUGUGCUUCACCAGUCGGACUAUGCCUAUAACAAUCGUACUGCCCAGAUCCCGGUGGAAGAACUCUCGGCGCUAGGAGAAGAGAAACUGCGUGGCGCUGAGAUAUGUAUAGUAUCCCGGGAUAGCGAUGGAAAUACGCGGAAGUGGUUUUCCGGGCAGUGCCAGGUGCUACCAUCGCUGAAGCGACCCCGGACAUUCUUCUUCGGAAACUUUCAGGUCAGGGGAGGCGGUUCCCGGACCUCCAGCAGCCUACCUCAUUGCCUUUUGUAUAUAAUACUCGUUUUGUUUGUUGCCCGAUUGUAGUUGGCACGGAAAACUGUGCAAUAACAUAGUACUCAAAUUUAAAAUCCUUUUGUUAUGCAUUACACAAAUGAUUGUAAUACUGAUAGUUUUCAAGUAACAAAUUGUGCAUUUUAUGUA